CACCGAACUAGUCAUGUAAGUUUUUAAUCUAAUGUAGUUUAUGGAUACAUUUUAAAAAGACAUUCAUCAUGACAAAGUAAAGUCUGUUUCAAACACUGAGGCAACGCAAUAUUUUAGACGCUGAUCUUCUGGAACGAUUUCAGCAAUGCCAAUAAGGAAUGAAGCUGUUGUGGAAGGAAACGAAGCCAGAGAAAUUAGGGCCAGAGUGAUUCAUGAGGGAGGUGGCGACCCAGAUAUUUAUCAUGCACCGAAGAUCAAAAACAACAAGUCUGAAAAGAUCGACACUAGCACAGUUUCAAAGGGAGGAUUUGGCGACACAAAUAUUCAUCAUGAACCGAAGGUCAAAGUCCAGAAGUGUGAAAAGAUCGACGCUCAAAUAGUUGCAGACGACUCUUGGUUGCCCCUCCGUCUCCUGUGUCUGGUUGCCUUGGUGAUCGGUGUUGUUGGGACGACAAUCUACUGCAUGGUGGGUGACCCCAAGUCCCCCAUGUGCACGGCAUUCUUCAACAACAUAAAGGUGUAUAUGGCACAGGUGCUGAACUUUAGUAAUGUGACUUCUCAAGGUGAUGAGAAGUUGUAACUUAUGAAUGUCUUUACCGCUGUCCGUCCUAAUUGCGAUUAAACAUUUAUUAAAACCAAA